AUGGGAAACGACAAGAACUCUCGUGGCCGCCCACGCGUACCUAGAGCUGCCGCUAUCUAUGCGCAACAGCGUAAGGAGCGCAAGGCCGCCGAGAAGGCCGGUUCUGCUGCCCAAUCUCCCACUUCCGCGCAAACUCAAAGCCCUGAUGGGUCUGCGAACUCCGACAAGACCGUCACCUCCAUCACAAAGCGCACACCACUCAAGAAUGCCGAUGUCACCAUCAGUGCAACCGGCCUGACGCGCAACGAAGUCAUUGAGUUCACCACGAUGGAAGGUGGCCGUAUCCAAAAUAGAUUGCAAUACCCGUAUCGACUUCCGUACCAAUUCUCGGCUGCAUUCGCCCAAAUGACACUUGCCGAGAAGGAGGAGUUUCUGCAUGAGGGAAAGUGGACCGAGAUCAUCGUUGAUGUCUCUACGUCUGGCAACACGCAGCCAACUGAGACCGUCCUCGACCACCUGGCUCGCCUUGACCCAGAUUACCUUCGCUUAGCCAAGAGAUUAUCAGUCCGAAUCAUCCUACCGAGCCUAGAGGUACUUUCCAGGAGCAGUCCCGAGGGACUCAAAGGUUUCCCCGGCUAUCAUCUGGCUUACAACGUCGUCCCGGAGAUCAACAGAUUCACAUCCCUCGAGGCAAUCCAAGUUAGCUUGGAAGUUCCUGAUGCUGUCACCGUUUGCUUGGAUGAGCACCAACUCGUCUUCGUUAUCCCUUUCAUGGAACUUCGUCUCACUAGUUGGACUUUCUGGCUUAGGAACCCCGGUACGUCCCGUCCGGUAAAAGUUUCCACGAAUGACCACGAAGCCAUGUGUCGCCUCGAUCGAGAGCUCCUCGGUAUUGCAACCCAAGGUGGAAACUGA